AUGCACCCAACUCGCAAGCUCAAGAAGCCGCAGACUUCUUGUUCCAAGUUCGAUUUGGAAGAGAUUAUUGGGUUAACGACGACGAAUGGCAACGGAUUGGCUUCUAGCUUUUACGAUUCCAAGUUUGUUUAUAUCGCAGGGUGUGUUGUGGUGCUUUACGACGUCGAUUUAGGGACCCAGUCACACCUUAUCGUGUCUAAUCGUUCGCCCAAGCCGUUGACCUGUGUUGCUGUCUCUCAAGAUGGAAGUUACGUUGCAGCUGGAGAGUCAGGACACCAACCUGCCAUAGUGGUGUGGAGCUCUGCAACUUUGGCUUCUGUUUCAGAACUGAAAGGCCAUCGAUAUGGUGUAGCUUGCAUGGCUUUUUCACCUGAUGGUAAGCAUCUAGUAUCGGUUGGAUUCCCUCAAGAUGGAUACCUAUGCCUUUGGGAUUGGCGAAGUGGGAGACUAGUUAAAAAGCUGAAAGCAUGUUCAUCUUUUUCGGCUGUGGCAUCUGUUAGCUUUUCAGUGGAUGCAAAUUUCAUCUUGACUGCUGGAAAGAGGCAUUUGAAGACAUGGACAGUUGGAUUGCCUACCAAAUCUCGAGCUAAAACGGACUCAUUAUCACCUAGUAUGCAUGGAAAAACUGUUAAUCUCGGUCAUCACAAAGGUUGUACAUUUAUAGCUAUCACAUCAUCUUUGAAGACUAAAGGGAAUCUAGCUGAUGGCAAGAGUGGUGAACUGGUACUUGUUUAUGCGUUAACCGAUUCAGGUGUUUUAUGCCUUCUACACGGUGGGUUGACAAUUACACAUUCGGUGAAUCUAAAGGUUGAGAAAGGCUAUGCAUUAUCUGCAUCAAGAGAGUUCAUUGCUUGUGCAUGCAAUAAUGGAGUGGUAAAGCUGUACACCGUUGGUUCCCUUGGAUAUGCUGGAAGCUUACAGUAUAGUGAAGACAAACAAAGCAACAAGACAUCCAAUACCCAAUGCCACUCGGAAGUCUCCCAAGAGGGAAUUCAACACCCACCUACCUUUCCAGAUGCAAUAGCUUGUCAAUUCUCCAACUCAGAAAAGCUUGUGGUGGUCUACAGAGACCAUAGUCUCUAUAUUUGGAACAUUCAUGGAAAAUUCCAGGCUACCAAGUGUUGUGUGCUAGUUUCACAUAGUGCCUGUAUAUGGGAUGUCCAGAAUCUUUCAUGUGAAAACAUGCAUGAUCCUUCUCUUGCAUGCGUUGCUAGAGGUUGCAAUGGUGGAGUUUCCUUUGCAACAUGUUCAGCAGAUGGUACUAUUAGGCUAUGGGAUCUUGCCUUGCAAUCUGAACCACCAGAACCAGUUGGCACGUCCUGUUUAGUAGGUGCUGGAACUUUUGAACGUGAAUCAGUAGUAUCAGGUGUUAUCACUCAAGGGUAUCGAUCUAUGGCAGUUAGUUCAGAUGGAAAGCACCUUGCUGCUGGUGAUUCUGAUGGAAACCUGCAUAUCUUUAACUUAAACACAACUGACUAUACAUGCAUACAGGAUGUUCAUAAAGCAGAAAUUCUUUCUUUAGAUUUCAGCUUGCCAAUCAAAAAGAAAAUGAAUUCUGCUGAGGAUUUAGAAAGCUACUAUUUUCUAGCUUCAGGAGGAGGAGACAGAAUGAUACAACUUUUUGAUGUAAACAGGAAUUUUGAUUUGAUAGCAAGUAUUGAUGAUCAUUCAGCUGCUGUGACUUCGGUAAAACUCACUGGAAAUGGGCGGAAGAUCAUCAGUUGUAGUUCUGAUAGGUCUCUAAUCCUUCGAGAUGUUGCUGGAAGGGGUAUGGAGUAUGAUAUUUCUCAUUCACAUCAGCAUAUCGCAUCUUGUGGAACUGUAUAUGAUAUAGCCAUGGAUCCAACGACAGAGACUGCUGUCACAGUGGGGCAGGAUAAGAGGAUAAACAUGUUUGACAUUGCUGCUGGGCAAGUAAUUAGAUCAUUUAAGCAGAGCGGAGAUUUCGGAGAUCCAAUAAAAGUUGUUCUAGACCCAAGUUGCAGCUACUUGGUGUGCUCUUACUCUGAUAAGUCUAUUUGCAUGUAUGAUUUUAUGAGUGGCGAGAUGGUUGCAUUUGGAAUGGGGCAUGGUGAAGCCAUUAAUGGGAUCAUCUUUUUACCUGACUGCAAGCAUCUGGUUUCUGUAGGAAGUGAUGGAUGUAUAUUUAUUUGGAAAGUGCCUACACUUUUGACCUCAAGAAUGUUGCAAAGGAUCAAGGAAAAAUUUUGUUCAUUGUCCCCAAGUACAAUUGCUCAAUGUGCUCAAAUCAAUUAUUUCGAAGAAAAUUAUCUCAGAUCGCAACGCACAGCUAGAGCUGUGCUUUGUGAAGGAAAAUGCCCUCAAGAGACGUCGACAUUCAGAUUUAGUGUCUCAAGACUUCCACAGUGGGCAAAAUCCAAAGUCACCAGUCCUUUGGUUAUCCCCAUGGAUCCUAUAUUAUGCGAGGUAGCUGAACGAGAAGACCAUUCUCCCUCAAAAUCACUUAGUGGGGGAAAUGCUCCUGUGGACCUUGUACUACAUACGCCAUCCAACCAUAAUACAGAGAGAUUUACUCGAAGUAGUUCAUCUGGUACGAGUAACAGCAAAGCUUCAACUACCCAAGGAGCUUGCAGGAGCUUUGCAUUGGACAAACGUUGGUUAACUAUUCAUACUGUAUGUUUAGAUCUUCUAAAUUCUCCUGAGGCUUACAACACCAAGGAACGAAGUGUGCCCUUAUCUUCAAAUUUAUCACAGAGCCAUGCUUUAGAGACAACCGACAUCGAGUCCAUGAAUCAUGGUGCAGCCAAAUUUUGUUUGAGUGGCACCUCUUACAACCACCAUGAUGUUGAGCCGGCUGCAUGCCUAAAUGUUCAUAUCGGAUUGAAUGAUUCUGCCUGUUUGAGCAACAUCAUUGGUCAGCAUCAGUGCAAUGAAGCAAGUGAUUCACCCGAAGAAUUUACCCAUGGAAGUUCGGAGCAGUUGCAACUUUCAACAUCUGUGAACCAAAUCCCUGAUAAUUGCAUCCUGAAUUCUGGCAAUAAUUCAGCAAACUUCAAGGUUACUAGUCUUUAA